UCGGGAUUUGCGAUCCGUGGCUGAACAAUAAGUUUGGUUGGUCCAAAUUCGAAGCGUGCGUACUGUUGGAACUAGUACAUAAGUACAGCCGAAACAUUGAAGUUAUGAAAUAAAGUGAAAAUGGGACGCAAGAUACCCGGAAAAAAACACAGAGGAGUGAAGGACCCAACUAAGCAACAAAAGAAGCGUUUAUCAGAGUUAAACAAAGUGAUAAACGCGCCGCCGAGGGACAAGGAUGAGCAGGCGAUACCGAAGAGUCUUGAGCGCGUGAUGAAGCUGAAGCAAAGCGUGAAGGACGGUAAGAUGAUGAAGAAAAAUACCAAGAAAAAAACGAAGCUGAAAAAUCAACUGAUCGUGAUGGGCAAUCACCAUCCACAGAUCGCUCAUCCCAAGGCAAGACCGGAGAAAGUUGUUCCUGUUUUUUCGCAAAGACCAGACGAAUGUGGAAAGGCUUUUUUGAACCGAGUGAAUUCGGAGACUCAGGCGUUCAUAAAUGAGACUGCGUUUGAAGACAAAUAUGGUGUGGAAGUCAAGCGAGAUCCAAGUACUGGUAAUAUCGAAGGAUUGUCUAAGAGAUCGAAGGAUGAGAUAGAUGAAUUAAUGAGACUCAAAUUGAAGCACAGUAAUACCAAGAAGAAAAAGAAAAAGAAGAAAGACACCGAGACGACUAGGCUGACGAAAGCUCAGAAAAGGAAACACAAGCUCGAGUUGAAAAAAACUAAAAAACUGCAGGACAAUAUAGACGAGUUCAAGGUCUUCAAGGAGACUAUUGAAUUUGGAGAUGUUGUCCACGCUCCUCCAGAACUAAAAAUCAAACCGAAAAAAGCAGACGCUUCUCACUCCGAACGGCCUGGACGAAGACGUCUUCUUCUUGAUUCGCUUUUCAAGAGCCAUGACAAAUCUGCCGAGAACCCAACAGGCGUUAAGUCUGUCAAUAGAUCUGGAAAACGCAAAGAUCUCCCAGUUGGGGAAAGAAGACAACUGGAGGAACGACAGAAAGAAGCCAUAACUGCAUACAGAAACCUGAAGUCUCAGAAAGCUGCUGAUUUAUGACCAUGGGCAAUGGCCGUGUGAUCAGUAUUUGUACAUAUGAGAGCCUUAGCAGAGAAUAGAAGGACGAAAUGUGUGUGUAAAUUGAUCAAUUUAUUUACGAUAUUUUUUUAAUUACAUUAGAGUAUAUAUAAUAUAGAGGUUAAGGUUCACGGUAUUCUACUUUGGCAGAGAAGUAGUUGGAAAAACUGUGGGAGGUUACACUUUGCUAAAAUUGUCAUUGAUAAUAUUGAAACAAAAUGAAUAGCAUUUGCUACAGUAAAACAGCGAUUUAAAUGGUCAUAGAUUGUUUUUGCUUGUUAUUGAUGACGAUGAUGAACAUGAAGCAAACGGUUUCAACUAAUCUAAAAUAAAAUAACAGUGCUGUAAACAACAAAACAAGUAAUAAGAGCCUCUUAUCUUGUGAAAUGCCAAGUGUUUA